AUGUUUGUUUGUUGGUUGACUCUGUUAAGUGUAAAUGUAUUUUUUGUCGAAGCGAAAAUGUUGAAGAAUGAAUCUCCAAGGAUUUUUAUAGCAGGAGAUGUCAUGUUUGCUGGUCUAGCGCCGAUUCAUUAUCCUCAGGGCACAAGAGAAGAGGAUCCGGAGCAGAACUCACACGGAAAGUUCUCUCAUCAUUGCGGGGGACCGUUCAACUUCCGUGGCAUUCAGCAUGCUGAAGCGAUUCUCUAUGCCUUGGAUCAAAUCAACAAAAACAAAACCUUGCUACCGGGAAUCCUCCUGGGUGUCGACAUUAAAGACACUUGCAACAGCGUUGAUCAUACGAUUCAAGAAUCUUUACAGUUCGGUUUUAUCCGUGCAGCGUAUAUGCGCGCGGAACUUGACAAUAUUCGAGCCUGUGGAUUGACGCUUAACGCCUCCACGCUGAAAACGUCUCCAGAUAAGGGCGUCGCUCUUGUAGGAGCUGCUUACAGUGGAAUCACAAUUGCUGUGGCAAAUCUAGCAGGACUAUUCCACGUUCCGGUCGUUAGUUACGCUUCUACCAGUCGGCUUCUAAGCGACCGCAAACGAUUCAAGAACUUUUUACGCACUGUUCCGUCUGACACGCGUCAAGCUCAAGCCAUGGUUGACAUCAUUCGCAAAUUGGAUUGGAACUUUGUCUCGACUGUUGCCUCAGAUACGGAGUACGGACGCUCGGGAAUCGAUGCUUUUAAGCAACUGAUCGGGAGCAGUCAAAACUAUUCUCGCAUUUGUAUCGCAGUCGACGAAGUCUUCACCGUGCGAACACCUGAGGCGAAAGUGCGCGAAAUUAUGUCGAAAAUUCGCGAACAUCCCGAAGCGAAAGUAAUCGUGCUUUUCGCCGAACUGAAUGAUGCAGAUUAUUUCAUUAACGUGGCUCGGGAGGAAAACAUGGCUGGUUACAUAUGGAUUGGUUCUGACGCAUUCGCUCGAUCUUAUUCAGUUUUGCGCAACAACAAAGAAAUCUUAAAAUACUGGAUCAACAUAGAACCCAACUCGAAAGUUUACGAGCCUUUCAGAGAUUAUUUUGAGAACAUCACUCAAGAACGCCUGAAUCGGAACCCCUGGUUGAGGACUUACCAACGGUAUGUUAAGAAACUGUUAAAUUCAACCGAACCUAUAGAUUAUUCUUCAUAUACGACUACUGCAAUAGACGCGGUGUAUGCUGUGGCGUAUGGCUUGCAUAACAUGUACCGUUGUUCUGACAAGGCUUGUCUUAUCCAAGUCUCGAAUACCAUACAAUCUGAAGUGUACGACUUCAUCAAGAACUCUUCCUUUGUAUCGCCUACUGGUCAGCGGGUGUCAUUUGACGAUAGUGGAAGCGCGAAAGCUUACUACAAUAUAAUUUUUCUUAACAAACGUGGCGGGAAAUUCUUUUUUGACAUUCUUGGGAGUUGGUAUUUAGGAGAGAAAUUUAAAUUUUGCUCUCCGUUCGAGGUCUAUCGACAUCCUUUCAGUGAUUUCCAGUCCUUUGCAAGGUGUAGUCCGAGAUGUAGACCUGGGCAUUGGAAAGAACCGAAGAAACACUACCCGGAGUGCUGUUGGAACUGCCUUCGUUGUGAUGGCAACAGUAUCAGCAACCAAUCAGAAGCGACGGCGUGUGUAAGUUGCCCGGAUGGAAUGACAGCCAAUAGUGGCAAGUCCUAUUGCAUCAUAAUUCCAUCGAAAGAGAUAUUUCGCACCACGCCCGGCGUGGCAGUAGCUUGUGUCAGUGGAGUGGGCAUAAGUGCUGUUUUGGUAACCUUUGUGUCAAUGUUUAAACAAAGGGAUACACCUGUUGUGAAGGCUUCUAGUCGAGGAAUUUCUUACGUGCUUCUGUUUGGUUUAGCAUGGUGCUACGCCCUUCCCAUCCAGUUCAUAUUGCAACCGACACCCCUGUUGUGCCAAAUUCGCCCGUUUUUAAUCAGCACAGGAGUAGCUUUGGUGAUUGGCGCUCUCUUGGCGAAGACCAAUCGUAUCGCGCGGAUUUUCAGCUUGAAAACCAUGCGCACUGGUAAGGCUUACUUCCUGAGCAAUAAGUGGCAGCUUCUCUUUGUACUGCUGUGUGUUGUGGUUGAGAACUGCAUUGCAGCCACUUGGAUCAUCAUCUCGCCGCAAAAAUCCGUGAGAGUCACUCACGGAAGCUACCAAGUCGUGCUGGAGUGCAUGGGGGAGUCACUAGAGGGCGUGACGAUAUGGGCGGCAUUCAACGCUGCCCUGAUUCUUCUUUGUACGUACCAAGCUUUUCUAGUACGAAAAGUUCCCGCAAAUUACAACGAAGCCAAGUUCAUCGCCUUCAGCAUGGUCACCGUGUGUAUAAGCGGAGCGGUUUUCAUUCCAACAGCUUUAGGCACAAAGGGACUUCACAGAACAAUUACGACUUGUUUUCUUUUCAUACUUUGCUGCACUGUUGGUCUUGUUUGCCUUUUUGGACCAAAGUUGUACAUAAUUAUCUUCCGCCCUGAGAAAAACCAACCAUACGAGCCCAAACCUGAACCAAAGCCUAUCGGAGUUCUUCGACCACAAUACGUCCGUUCCAUUUCUUCUCUAAGUACGCUGACUAUGACGAACUCAUUGGAAAGUUUGGACAACCCACAGCUAACGAAUCUCCAUCACUCCGAGGCUCUUGCUAGUAGACUUCAAUAG